GUGAGCCUAAAAUGCCUAAACAAACAGUCCCUUAUAUGACUGAAUGAAUGCAGAUGUGCUUGACAGAAACAGAGAGAGUGCUAUCAACGGAAAUGGAGAAUGUGGGCGUGCUGAUGACUUGCUCAAUGUCCGCCUACCUCGAGCGAGAACUCGAGAAACGCUUCAAGCUCUUCAGACUCUGGGAAUCCAAUUCCAAAGCUCAAUUCUUGGCUGGGUUCGGGGAAUCAAUUAGGGCCGUGGUGGGCGACACCAAGGUCGGCGCCGAUGCGGAGCUGAUCGACGCGCUUCCACGCCUCGAGGUCGUGGCCAGUUACAGCGUGGGUCUGGAUAAAAUCGACUUGAAUAAGUGUAGAGAAAGAGGGAUUAGGGUCACCAACACUCCUGAUGUGCUGACGGACGAUGUAGCUGAUGUUGCUAUUGGGUUGGCGCUGGCGACGUUGAGGAAGAUUUGCAAUGCUGAUGCGUUUGUGAGAAGUGGGCAGUGGAGAAAUGGAGACUUCGAGUUGGCUAAUAAGUUUAGUGGUAAGUCAAUCGGCAUAGUUGGAUUGGGCAGGAUUGGAACAGCAAUAGCCAAGAGAGCUGAGGCAUUUGGCUGCAGCAUCAGUUACCAUUCAAGAACCAAGAAACAGAAUACGAACUACAAAUACUAUUCCAACGCAGUCGAUUUGGCUGCUAACUGUGAAGUCCUGGUUGUGGCAUGCGCCUUGACAAAUGAAACGAGGCACAUUGUGAAUCAGGAGGUGAUCGAUGCAUUGGGGCCAAAAGGGAUUCUCAUCAACAUCGGGCGAGGCCCUCUCAUUGAUGAACCAAAACUCAUCUCCGCAUUACGUGAAGGCCGAUUAGCCGGGGCUGGACUUGAUGUGUUUGAGAAUGAGCCUGAUAUAAAUGAGUCAUUUUUCGGGCUGCAGAAUGUGGUUCUGCUGCCUCAUGUUGGAACUGACACUGUCGAAACCAGCAAGGCCAUGGCUGACCUUGUCGUUGCGAACUUGGAACUGCAUUUCCUCAAGAAACCACUAUUGACUCCAGUGGUUUGAGUAGCACUUGCAAGUUAUUCAUUUAUCUUAUUUUCUCCUAACUUGGAGAUUAUUCCAU